AGCAACAAAAAUAGAUCAAGCUGAGAAACAUAAAAAUCCCACAAGUUUAAAAGUAUACAUAUAACUGGAAAUACCUUGCCCAUGCGUUUGAAAGUUCACUGUGCAAAUAUUAAGUUGCCUGCUUUGAUAAGAAAUCUGACGUCGAUUACAAAAAACAAAGCAAACAGAAGACACCGGAUGUAAACUGGCAACUAUAGCCACGGGUGCAUCCCUCCUCUGCAAGCCAACCGGCCGACGAACGUGGACAAGCAUCACUCCCGACAUCUGUGUGCGUCUGCUUGUGCUUCGCACACUUCCCUCCAGAUGGCACUGUAGCACAGCGCCCGACUUCCAACCGCACGAUGAAGCCGAGCCAGCUGUCAUGCCUGCACUCUGGAGUCUUCCGCUGGCUCCUGCUGAUCAUCACCAUCUUCACCGUGCUGUUGUCGCUGGUGUCCAUGCUUAUCUUGGCGACAGCCCUCCGUGACCACUAUGCAGGUGAUGCCGAACUGACUACGCUCGGCCUCCAGAACGUGUGGACGCUGGUGUCGUUCUCGAUCGUGACCAUCAUCGUCAGCGUGCUCGGUGGCGUUGGUGCCUGCUUCCACAACGACAUACUUCUGAAGGUGUACGGUGCGGUCACGCUUGCAUCCCUGGUGGUGCACUUCUUGAUGCAGGGGCUGGGUAUGCUGCACCUCCUCGAGUUCACUCCGCACAUGAUGAGCGAUAGCGGUCAACAGAUCACGGGACCUAUCUGCUAUAAGGACUUAUUAAGCGAGCUGCGCCAGCGCAUGGACCAGCCCCAGGCGGUCAUGGAAGAGCUAGAUCAGCCCAGAGGUCGCGAUCCUGUGCUGCUGGCACUUCUUGAGCGAUACGCCAACGAGACGAGUUUGUACCGGGAGAUCAUGCGUGGCGAUCACCACACGAACACUCCGCGCCCGGUCAAGGACGCGCCCAGGCCUGUAGCUAUUGCGGAAGUGGACAGCAGUGUCGCUGCUCCAAUAAAGCCCCGGGGCAACGGGCGUGGACGUGAGAAGGACUCCGCGUGGCACAACAGGAGCGACAAUCAGAGGAGAACCCGGGUGAUAGCCGGCAGAGGCGGCGCUACACUCCCCAGUAGUCUCCAAGUCCCAGGUCUGGGACACCUCCCACAAUAA